UGUUAAUUUAUUUUUGGUUAUAAUCAAUCAACCUUUAACUCUGGAAUUCGUUUUUCAAUAGAGAUUUGGAUUCCAAAUCCGUCUAGCUUCUUCCAAAUCUCAUUGUAAAUGCAUUUGUGGCGGGAAGGUUUAGAGGUUUUUGCUGAGGAGCUACGAAAGGAUUUUGCUAUUUUAGACUUUUUUUUUACGUUAAUCGACGAUAUCCUUGCAUCUAGCAGCAUUGUUUGUAAUUGUUGUUGAUCGAGCUUCAGCAAUUUGUAAAUAGGUUUAAUUGUUAAUGGAAUCGUCGGACUCCAGCAUGUUCGACGUUCAGAAAUUCUGGCUCUACCAGACAUUUGCGCGUUAUUACAUAGUGGGAAGAGGUAGGAAGAGAACAGUGUGGAGGUUGUUUUCGAUUGACAGAAUGGAGCCUUCUGAGCUUAACAUUUUUGAAGAUCAUACAACCUAUACCACGGAAGAGUGCUUCGAUCUUCUAAAAAGAAUACAUCAGGGGAACAGGUCUAUGGGUGGACUCAAGUUAAUAUCUAUUGGCUAUGGAAUAGUCGGAUUCAUAAAGUUUAAAGAACCAUACUACAUGCUGAUGAUAACAGAGAGAAAGAAGAUAGGGUCCAUGCUCGGGGCAAAAGUAUAUAGCGUUUCUAAGAGCAUGAUGGUUAUAAUUCCAAAUCCUGUUGUGCGCUCUAAACUGGCUUAUUGCAGUACCGAGAAAAGAUAUCAAAAGCUUCUUAACUCGGUAGAUCUCACCAAAGAUUUCUUUUUCAGCUACUCAUAUAAUGUUAUGCGUAGCCUUCAAGACAAUUUAAAUAGAAAUAAAACAGAUCAAAGUGUUUAUAAAUCAAUGUUCGUGUGGAAUGAAUAUUUAACUAGAGGCAUUCGAAAGCAGCUCAAGAACAAUAUCUGGACAGUUGCUUUAGUGUACGGCUUCUUCAAACAGAUUAAACUUUCCGUAUCUGGCAGGGAUUUUGAUUUGACUCUCAUUGCCCGACGUUCACGUCAUUACGCCGGCACUAGAUUUUUAAGACGAGGGGUAAAUGAGAAUGGAAAAGUUGCAAAUGAUGUUGAGACAGAACAAGUUGUUAGCGAGGAUAGAGCUGAAGGACGAACAGUGCAAAUAAGCUCCAUCGUGCAGAAUCGAGGCUCCAUUCCAGUUUUCUGGUCCCAGGAAACCUCGUUAUUGAAAAUAUUCAAUCCAGUUGUUAUAAUACCAAAGCAAGAAGAUUACAAAGCCACAAAACUCCACUUCAAGAAUCUUGGCGAUAGAUACGGAAACCCUAUAAUCGUCUUAGAUUUAACAAAGACGCGAGAAAAGAAGCCUAGAGAAACUCUACUGCAUGCAGAAUAUGUAAAUGCUUUAGGAUGCAUCAAUGCGGAGCGUUUAGAGGAAAAUCGUCUAAAAUUUCUUCAGUGGGAUUUGAAGCAACACUCAAGAUGGUUAUCUUUAUUUUCCUCACACAAAUAUUUAUUAUUUCUAAACUUAAACAACAAAAGAUCAUUCACUUUCUGCAGCAAAGCUAUCGUGGUAUUGUCAAAGCUAAAAGAAUUGACGAAGUUAGCAAUGGAAUUGAAUGACACAUUCCAUUGUCAAGUGACUCGAAGCUCACCAUUAGAGGGCUCGACUCGACCCUAUCUCGAGGAUGUAAAUAUUAGCGAGAAUGCAAAUAAUGGUAGAUGUAAUGUAAAAAUAAAAAGGUUUCAAAAGGGAGUUCUGAGGACGAAUUGCUUCGACUGCUUGGAUCGAACAAACAUCGCUCAAUAUGCUUACGGGCUUGCGGCUCUAGGAUAUCAGCUUCAAACUUUUGGGUAUUUAGAAUCCCCAGAUAUUGAUCUGGAUGACCCUCUGGCAAGGCACUUGAUGGAUAUUUAUGAGAUUAUGGGCGACAAACUUGCUCUCCAAUAUGGUGGUUCACCUGCCCACAAUAAGUUGUUUUCUGAGAGAAGAGGACAAUGGAAACCAACGAUUGAGUACGUUGAUAUCAUUAAAACUUUUCAAAGAUUUGUAAACAAUGUGUAUAUGGACGAACAGAAACAGAACGGCAUUGAUCUGUUUUUGGGGAACCCUCCCCCUCAGAAACGCAUGCUCGUGCUGGAUCCUGUCAAGCAUAGUAAAUGGAGAUCUACCAUGAAAAGGUCGCUUUCAGACAGCAAUAUUUUCGUGGAGAACGACAUUCUCGCAGCCAAACAACUUCUGCGCCAAGAGUCCAUGGGACAUAACAAAUGUCUCGUAGAAUUAAUGCCAGAAAUCCCAAAUUAUUGCAGAUACACAAGCCCAGAAUUUCCCGAGGUGGUUUCCGCUUCUGAAUCCAUGGAUUCUGGUAACGAAGAAAUAGAUCAAGAAAGAACAACCUCGAGGUUUCUAAUGGCGGAUUGGUAUUCGGAUUCAGUUUAUUCAUGCGAAGAGGAACUAUACAACAAAAUUCUGAGCUUCUCAAGUGAGAAUGGAGAUGAUAAUUGUUUUUCGAUGUUUGAUUUUGGGAGAUGGAUUACACGGGGAGGCACGUUUUACCUUUGAGCUCUCUAACCACAACACUUUAACUUUAAUUUUACCUUUACCCUUACCCUUACCCUUACCUUUCCCAGAGGGUGUAGUGUACAUAAUACAGUUGUAAACAUCGGGGGGAAAGUUGCUAACCAAGUUACUACCCAGCUAGGACAGAUCCAAAUCUCGU